AUGUCUUUGAUACUUGUGGGACUCAACCCUGGAGAAACAGUAUAUAUUGAUACAAAGAUCGAGAAUGUACUCACAGCAAGAUCAUUCGGCGCUCACGGGGUUAUCAUGACCCCUGAAAGACGCUUGAUUCGGGUGCUGAAGAAUAUCUUUGGCGAUCCAGUGCGAAGGGGAGAAGGGUUUUUACAAGCAAAUGCCCGCAGAAUGCACACAAUGUCAGACGACGGAGUGGCUAUCGGAGAUUUUUAUGCACAGCUUAUGAUUCUGGAAGCCACAGGGAACCGGGAGCUCGCAGAUAUCGAAGGUCCUCAGAAAAAGUGGAACUUUUUCUACGGUUAA